GCACAUUCAAUUCUACAUUAUCAUCUUCACAUAUAAUAUUCAGUUCGGAACAAUCAUCAAAUUACAAUCAGAAUAGACUGCUAUCAACUACAACCUUAUAAUGGUCAAUAUGGCAAGAAUGCAAAAAACGACCUUUAUCGUGUUGUCUGAUACACACGACUACCAAUUUGGCGACAAUGCAUCAAGCAAGUUACAGCUCCCCGUUCCAAAAGUCGAUGUUCUUCUCCACUGCGGAGACUUAACACAAGUUGGAGGAAUUCCCGCCUUCAAGAAAGCACUUAAAAUGCUCAGCAACUUUGAUGCAGAGCUUAAACUAGUUAUCGCAGGAAAUCAUGAUUUGGAGCUUGAUGAAGGAUGGUGCAAAGCACACAUUGAGGAAGACGAGGACUAUCUUGACGACCAUGCACGGGCCAUGGAGGUAAUGAAGGGGCAAUUAGCGAAAGAAGCGGGGGUGACUUAUCUGGAGGAGGGAACACACACUUUCAAUCUUCAAAGUGGUGCAACAUUCAAGAUCUAUGCUUCUCCAUACCAACCCGAAUUCAAUGAUUAUGCAUUCCCUUAUCAACGUAAUGAAGAUCGAUUUAAUGCAUCUGGGAAAACUGCAGAGGGUGUAAUUUCGAUUGCUGAGAAUCCUAUCCCAGCUGGUGUAGAUAUUGUCAUGACCCACGGACCACCAAAGGGCUUUCGUGACGAGAACCUGGGCUGCGAGAACAUCCUUCGCGCGGUCCAACGUGCGAAGCCUUUGAUGCAUUGCUUUGGUCAUAUUCAUGAGGGAUAUGGUGCCAAUAAAAUCGUGUGGGAUGAUGCGAGAAAAGCAGAGGAUGACUUAAUCAACGAGUAUCCACAGGCUAUGAACUUGCAUGUUGAGUCUGGCAAAGAAACACUGAUGGUUAAUGCGGCGAUUCUGGAUGGGGAACAUCAGCCUACCAAUGCUCCCUGGAUUAUCAGUUUGGAAUUGCCUUAUUUUUAAGCAAACACCUCCCGCGCCGGCUACACAUAUCGAUGAUGAUCGUAUAGAACGGUGUCUCUGAAGAGAAUGACUGAGUCAUCUGGAGCUACGCAACAAAUACAUUCAUUUCAACUCUACGAAUGAAUCAAUCUUGUUUCUCUCACUAUCAGAAAGUUCAUAUCUCAUCUAUACGUCAUUAUAACAACCAAAAAGAAUCCUUUUUCCUUCUUUCUAUCCUCCUCGCUAGAAGUCAAAAUAAUAUAAUUUAUAAUGUUUAUAUCA